CAUGGCGGCGCCUGAGGUGGCGGCGGCGCUCGGGAGCGGCCCCGGGGCCAGCGGAGCGGAGCUGCCCGAGCCGCUGGGGCUGCUGGAGCUCUGCGGGGCCUGCAGGCAGCGGCUGAGCCCGCAGCGGAAACCGAAGCUGCUGCCGUGCCUGCACUCCGUGUGCCGGGGCUGCAUCGGCAGCGAGCACGGGGACAAGAACGCGUUCGAGUGCCCCGUGUGCCACCAGCAGUGUCCCCUGGGUGACAUCAUGGACAACCUGUUCCUGCAGCCCAGCGCCAGCAGCCAGAGCUGCACCAGCUGCGAGGACAACGCCAGCGCCACCAGCUUCUGCUUGGAGUGCUCGGAGCCGCUGUGUGCCACCUGCGUGGGGGCUCACCUGAGGGUCAGGUACACCCGGGAGCACCGAGUGGAACCUCUGCGCUCUCCAUCCGUUCCCGACGAUCCCAAUGAUCCCAAUGAUCCCAUGGAUCCCAACGAUCCCAUGGAUCCCAACGAUCCCAAUGAUCCCAAUGAUCCCACGGGUCCCGUCCCGUCCUGGUGCCGCUCGCACCCCCGGGAGCCGCUGGCGCUGUUCUGCAGCUCCUGCGAGAGCCUGACCUGCGGGGAGUGCCACAGGAGGGAGCACCGCCACCACCCCUCCCAGCCCGUGGCCGAGGCCGUUCUCCAGCAGCGCUCGGUGCUGUCGGCGCUGCUGCAGCGCCUGGCGGAGAAACACGGCGAGGUGCAGCGCUGCAGCGCCCGCCUGCACGCACGGUCCCGUCACAUCUCGGACACGCAGAAGCAGCUGCAGGUGCAGGUGAAGCUCGCCGUCCUCCAGGCCAUGAGGGAGCUCAACAAACGCGCCAAGGUCCUCAUGGGGGACGUGCAGCGUGUGACCGAGGGCCGCCGGCAGCGUUUGGAGCGGCAGCGCCGGGAGCUGAGCCGGCUGCGGCGGCUGCAGGAGCACGCGCUGCGCUUCGGGAAACGGGCGCUGCACGGGAGGCACGGCACCGCCCUGCUGCUGUCCCGGAGGCUGGUGCAGGCGCAGCUGCUCGGGGCCCUGGGGGUGCCCCUGGAGCCCCCCGAGCCUCAGGGGGAGCUGAAAUUCCAAUGGGACCGGCAGGGAUGGACACGGAGCGCACAGAGCUUCGGUGCCAUCGUCUCGGAGCCGCCCCUCCCCCCCCCGCGGAGCCCCGCCCACGGCCCCUCCCCCACCCAGCAGUGUCCCCACCCCUCCGUGAUGUUCCCUACAGGCUGUCCCGCGCCCCCGGUGGCCCCGGAGCUGCUCCUGCAGGGCCCCCCCCGGCUGUCACCUCCCCCCCAGGUGUCACCUCCCCCCCGGAUGUCACCUCCCCCCCUGGAGCCCGCGGCCACCCCCAGCCCACAGCGCGCCACCAGCCCUGAGAACGGCGUCACCGCAGGGAGCGCGAGGGUCCCCGGCCGUUCCCCCCGGGAGGAGAAGCUCGUUAAGAAGCUGCUCGUUAAACGACGGGGCCCCCCCUCGGUGUGGGGCAGCCCCCCCCGGCUCCCCAAGCAGCCCCGGGUGAGCCUGGAGCGCCUGGAGCUGGACCUGGAGCUGGACCCGGCGCAGCCGCCCGUGUUCCGCAUCUUCCCCGGGCCCUCGGCGCGCGAGUUCAGCCUCAUCGUCAUCGAGCAGGGGACACCGGGGACACCGGGGACACCGGGACAGCUGGCACUAGGGGACACCGGGACAGAAGGGACGGCGGGGACGGUGCAGCCGCACGGAGCGCCGCUGGUCAAGGUGAGUGACACCUGUGUCCCCUCCCCUGUGUCCCCCUCCCCAUACCCCUUUGAGGAGCAGCAGGAGUCGCCCAUCGGUGACACCGGUGACACUGGGACACCAAACCCGUGGGGCUGCUGCCCCCCGCCCCGGGUACCCAGCCCUGUCCCCGGUGUCCCCGGGGGGGUCCCCGUGGGCGUCCCCGGCGUCCCCGUGGGGGUCCCGGGGGUCUCGUGCUGCCGCGUGUGCGGCCAGGCCGGGGCCGUGGUGAUGUGCGACCGCUGCCAGCGCUGCUUCCACCUGCGCUGCCACCUGCCCGCGCUGCACGACGUGCCCAGCCCUGAGCGGACGUGCUUGCUGUGCCAGGAGCUGCCCAUGACCCCAUUCCCGAUCCCUGUUCCGUUCCUGAUCCCCCAUCCUGAUCCCCAUUCCCGAUCCCAGUUCCCGUUCCUGAUCCCCCAUUCCUGA